GAACCCGGAUGUUGUGGCUCCUUUGGUGCAGCGGCUUGGACUCGGACUCGAACAGCGACACGUUUCAAACCACGGGACGUUGAACUGAGCGUUUCAGUGAACGCGUGACCCGGUUUACCCAGCAGGCACCGCGCGCCUCCCGCCACCUGAGCCGGCCCUACAGUGUAAACAAGACGAAGAAGAAGUUAGCCUGCAGCUAACUUAGCUUAGCGGCUAGCUAGCAGCUGAGCUCCGCCGGCUAACGCUAGGAUGUCAGUGUAGAGUGUGUGAUGAGAAGGAAGUGGACACUGUCCUGUCUUCACCAUGGAGGACACACACAGACCGACACACACAGACCAACAAGAGCAAAGUGUCUUCAUCUGACCCGAGUCUGGUCCUGGUCUGAUCCGAGUCUGAGUCCGAAGUGACACCAGAUCAGAGAGAGUCGUGUGAGAAGGAGACAGAUGUGAAAUCAUCCAACGUUUCAUUUCCCACAUUAAUAAACAGUUUCAGGAUGGCGUCUCAGUAUAAAAUCCCCAAGAAGAAACCGUCCCAGUCUGACUCCGCCCACAUGCAGUCACCUCUGGCCUGCCUCCAGGGCCCCGCCCCUCAAUUUAAGGAUUAUGGGGAUCAGUCCGACAGGAGGAGAGCUGACAGGAUGCAUUCUGGGAACACACCGGGCCCAUCUACAAAUGGACACAGGACGCUGUGUAAACCUCCCUUCAGCGACGUGGUGAAAACGCUGCUGGGACUCAACAGCCCAAACAAAGAGGGACAGUCGGCAGCCAAUCACAGUCCACGAGGAAGCGAGAGGGCGUCGUCCUCAGACAGAUGGCGUCCUAAGAGAGCGUCAGACUGUCGGCCGGCCUCAGACCGUUUGUCUCCACCACAGAAGAAGAGUUUUGACUCCGCAGCCACUAAAUCCAUCUCUGUGGUGUCGGAGGACUCUCUGGCUGAGCUGAGAGGUGAGGUGCAUGCUGGGAGGCGGAGUCCGUUGACACCGGGAGCGAGGACGGCUUCGACGGCCUUGGCCGCCCAGAGGGAGGACGUGAGGGAGCGAGAGAGACUGCGAUGGAGAGAGUUCACAGACAGGAAGUCCAACUCGCUCCGACUGAGGAAACACAAACAGACUCCAGCAGAACCCAUUGUGUUGUCGAGUGAAGAGGAGGAAGAGGAAGGUGAGGAUGACAGAACAAAGAUGGCGUCACAGAGCGCCACCAGCAGGCUGGAGGAGGGAUCACGUCUGAGAACGGCAUGUUCUCCAGCAGCUGAGCAAGGUCACGACCAGCUGACGCUGCCUUCGCACCUGCAGCUGGAGUUCAGCUCGCUUCACGCCGGCCUGACGCACGCCGACGCUGCCGGGGAGAUGAUGAUCACUGAAAACGGAAUCAUUGUUCCUGUGAAAGUGUCCGAGGGGGAGGAGGGGGAGGUGACCGUGGUGGCGUCUCAGCUCCGUGGUUACGGCGUCUGGGAUGGGGGCGUGGCUCGAGGCGGGACUCUGCUGGCCGGAUGGGAAGGCCCCGCCCCCUCGCUGCUCUUCCUGUGGGUGACGGACGCUCAGGCCAACCUGCUGCAGAGGGAGCUGUCGGCCUUGAGACAGAGCUCCGCCUCCUCAGGUCCGGCGUGCUGCCUCCUCCUGCUGGUGUUAAAGGAGCAGCUGCAGGAGCUUCAGGCCGCUCUGUUGGCGUCCAUCCUCGACAUGACGGAAUAUCAGAAGGGACGCUCCUCCUCCUCCUCUUCUUCCUCCUCUUCCUCCUCCUGUCAGGGUCCGUCCUCUCCUGUGGACUGGACUGACGGACUCCUGCUCCUCCACAGCUGUCCUCCUCCUCUGGAUCAGCACCUCCUCGCCCUGCUGGGACACGCUGCUACGGUCAGUUCAGCGAGCAGCAGUCAGGGGAACAGGAAGUCCAGUCUGAGGUCGUCUGGUCAGCAGCAGCUUCCUGUCAGGUUGAUCCAGUAUCCGCCGCCGCCCUGCAAAGGCCGCAUCUCUGUGACGAGGGAGGACCUCGCCCGUUUGAACGCCGGCGAGUUCCUCAACGACGUCAUCAUCGACUUCUACCUCAAGUUUCUCUUCCUGGAGGGCGUCGGCGGCCCUGUGGCCGAGCGGAGUCACGUCUUCAGCAGCUUCUUCUACAAACAGCUCAGCAGACGGCGAGCAGCAGGGGAGGACGACGCCCCCUCGGUCCCCGAUCGUCACAGGAGACAUCAGAGGGUGAAGACGUGGACUCGUCACAUCGACAUCUUCACCAAAGACUUCCUGUUCGUGCCCGUGAACCAAGAAGCUCACUGGUUCCUGGUGGUCGUGUGUUUCCCGGGUCUGGAGCACGAAGAGUCUCGAACCUGCACAGGUGCGUCCGAGCAAGUGACGGGAAAACGAGGCCCGAGUCCGAGACAACGAAACCCUCCUGACUGCACGGAGCUCGGGCGCCACAGUGACUCAGCGUUAAAGAGGCCGUGCGUCCUCGUCAUGGACUCUCUGAAGCUGUCGGACCAUGAAAACGUCUGCAAGCUGCUCAGAGAUUACCUGCAGGUGGAGUGGGAGGUGCGUCGCCGGACGCCGCGUCUCUUCACGUCGGAGAACACGAGGAGCUGCAGCUGUCGAGUUCCUCAGCAGAACAACAGCUCCGACUGUGGACUCUACCUGCUGCAGUACGUGGAGAGCUUCCUGCAGAACCCCGUCGUCCAUUUUCAACUCCCGGUAUGUUUGGACAACUGGUUUCCGCGGCAACAAGUGCGACAGAAACGCGAGGAGAUUCGGAGUCUGAUCGUAAAGAUGCACCAGAAACAGACGAAGAAGAAAACUGACCAGAAACCAAAGUGACCUCUGAUCCCGAGCCGUUAAUUCACCUGUGCAAUAAAUAAUUUAUAUUUUUUUUACUGUUUCACUAUAAUAAACAUUCUCUUAUAAAAUAAAA